GGGCGGACGGCGUGCACACUUGGCAGAUCGGGCUGGUUCGACUCUUGCGACGCGAAAGGACUGCAGACGACGGUCGGGUUCGGCGGUCCUUUUGACCCACACACAUGUUGACAGAAGGUGGGUGGGGAGGAGGAUCGCGACGAGAGGUGCUGUGGGAGGAGACGGCAUAUACUCUCUCUCUCGCUUCCCAAAUUUUGAAGAGUGCCACUCUCCCUCCUUGCUUCUCUCUCCCCAACCACUUCUUAUUUUCAAGUAUUCUAAUCUUACCUAAACCUCUCUCUCUCGUGUUUCUGUUUCGGAUAAUAUGUCUAUCCUUUCCUUUCUUGCUUUCCUUUUUUUAACGAAAGGAGAACUUUAAUCAUACAAAGUUAUUUUGCCCUCUUGAUUGAUCAUAUUGAUUGAUGAGGGUGUGUCUUGAGGUGACUCCUGCAUCCGCAUGGUCCGUUGCAAGGCUUGGGAUUUGAAGAGAGAGAGAGAGAGGAAGCGUGUCGCAUAAAAUCAAAUUCUGUUUCUUGGUGAGUAAGAGAUAGCUGUGUGCGGUGCAAGCUAUUCAUUCCAUACCCACAGAGAGAGAGAGAGAGAGAGAGAGAGAGAGAGAGAGAGAUCAUCCCAUCGUCCGCGUUAUCAACGUCUGCCGGGACCGACCUUCGGGAGAACGUGGAUAUGGUUUCUUCCGGCGUCAGGAUUCGGGCGAGAACGGAUCUGGAUCAAGGUGUUCCGGCGAGGUCUUGAGUCUGGACGCUGAUGGUGGUGACUCGGGUGAGAGACCCUCCGGCGUUGUGGGAUGAAGAAGGAUGGCAAAUCAGCAAGGAACGGUAGCGGUGGUCGAUUGCUUCCCAAUUCGAUUCGUAUAAUCUCUUCGUGUCUCAAGACCGUUUCUUCCAAUGCUAACUCCGUUGCUUCCACCGUACGAUCGGCAGGGGCCUCCGUGGCCUCAUCCAUUUCCUUCAGGGACGAGGAACAGUUACAGAAGGACCAGGUGCAGUGGGCUGGAUUUGAUAAGUUAGAGGUUGGUCCUUCUGCUUUCAAGCAUGUCCUGUUGCUGGGUUAUUCUAAUGGCUUCCAAGUUGUUGAUGUUGAAGAUGCUUCCAAUGUUCGUGAACUGGUGUCCAAGCGUGAUGGGCCAGUUACAUUUCUACAAAUGCAGCCUCUUCCAUCUAAGUUGGAGGAUGAAGGUGGCUUUAGAGCAUCACAUCCACUGCUCUUAGUCGUUGCAGGUGAAGCUAACAGCAAUGCUUUAAUUCAAAGCAGUAAUUUUGGUGGAAAAUUACGGGAAGGAAUAACUCAUCCUCAAGAAACAAAUACUUCCAGUUCAACAGUCGUUCGGUUCUAUUCUCUAAAAUCUCACAACUAUGUGCAUGUUUUGAGGUUCCGUUCUGUGGUUUACCUAGUUCGUUGCAGUCCACGAAUCAUAGCUAUAGCAUUGGCAACUCAAAUAUACUGUUUUGAUCCUGUCACUCUUGAGAACAAAUUCAGUGUACUGACUUAUCCUGUUCCCUUGAUGGGUCAAGGAGUCACCGGUGUUAACAUUGGGUAUGGACCAAUGGCAGUGGGACCACGAUGGUUAUCUUAUGCUUCAAAUCAAUCUUUAAUAUCAAACACUGGUCGUCUUAGUCCUCAAAACCUCACUCCUUCCCCAGGUUCCAGUCCAUCAAAUUCACCUGGUAAUGGCAGCCUGAUGGCUCGGUUAGCCAUGGAAUCAAGCAAACACCUUGCUGCUGGUCUGAUUAAUAUUGGGGAUAUGGGCUAUAAAACCUUGUCUAAAUACUGCCAGGACAUGUUACCUGAUGGUUCCAGUUCACCUGUUCCAUCAAAUGGUAGCUGGAAGGUGGGCAGAGUUACUUCAUCCACACAUUCCACUGAGAAUGACAAUGUUGGUGUAGUUGUCGUCAAAGAUUUCAUAACAAAAGCCACUAUUGCGCAGUUUAGGGCUCACACCAGUCCAAUAUCUGCUCUUUGUUUUGAUCCUAGUGGGACCCUCUUGGUAACUGCAUCUGUGAAUGGGAACAAUAUAAAUGUCUUCCGAAUAAUGCCACUCCAUGUUACUGAUGACCCCAACUCUGUGUGCUAUGACUGGAGUGCAUCGCAUGUACACCUGUACAAACUACAUCGUGGAAUGACAUCUGCAGUCAUACAAGAUAUCUGUUUCAGCAGCUACAGUCAAUGGGUUGCAAUCAUCUCAUCCAGGGGCACAUGCCAUAUUUUUGUGUUGUCUCCUUUUGGUGGUGAAGUUUCUCUUUGUUCACAUGCUUAUUUUGAUGGUUCAGCCCCAUUUCUUGAUUCACCAUCAGCUUGGUGGUUAUCUUCUGGUUCUUGUGCACUGAAUAUGCACAAUGGGUUGCAGCUACCACCGCCUCCACCUCCACCUCCACCUAUUGUUACACUUUCUGUUGUAAGCAGGAUAAAAAACAGUAAUGGUGGUUGGCUCAAUACAGUUAGUGGCUCUGCAGUAAAGAGAAAUGCACCCUCUGGAGCUCUUUCUGCAGUUUUUCACAAUUCGGUAUCCCGUGUUCAUCAAUCAGGACCUCUAAAAUCUAAUUGUUUAGAGUAUUUGUUGGUUUGCUCUCCAUCAGGUCAUGUCGUCCAACAUGACCUUCUUCCUGCAUUCAGCACAGCGACAGAUUUACACUAUAGUAAUAUUUCACCAAGAAUUGGUGCUGGUCCUUCAGGAUCAAAUCUGGACGAAGACUUUAAGGUUAUCAGUGAGCCUGUGCAGUGGUGGGAUGUUUGUCGAAGAACAAAUUGGCCUGAAAGAGAGGGGAGUUUAUCAUCUAUAGGGUUUGAUGAAAUAGAAAGUAAUGGAGCCUCGACAGAUUGUUUUGAUUGUGAUGGUAUGCAGGUAAGUUGCUUCAAUGCAUUGAGCAAUGAGGUGGAUGGAAAAGAACGUCAUAAGUCCAAUGAAAACCUUCAUUGGUACUUGUCAAAUGCUGAAGUGCAGAUAAAUUCUGGGAGGAUUCCAGUAUGGCAAACAUCAAAGAUCUGCUUUUUUGCAAUGAGUAAUCAGACAGAUGAUCAUAACUGUAGUGGUGGAGAGAUAGAAAUUGAGAAGGUCCAUGUUCAAGAGAUUGAAAUGAGGGAAAAGGAUUUACUUCCAGUCUUUGACCAUUACCACAGCUUCCAAUCAGAUCAGAGCAUUCGGAGGGACACAAAGGGAAGGUAUGCUAAUGCCUCAUCUCAUGAAGUAGUGAAUGGGCAAUCCGCUGGUUCUUCAAGCGUAGCUGCUAAUGUGCUUUCUUCAAAAUGUGAUGGCUCUUCAGGGAUGAAAAGUCCUAUUGUGCUUCCAUCUACCGAGAUCCCAAUCUAUAUCAAGUCCUUGCACGCAUCAAGUCAGAUGAGCCAGAUGGCAAAUCAAAAUGAGAGCUUAAUAGAGAGAAAGGGAGAGGAAGCGAGUGAGCAAGACAGGGAGAGGAAUGCAAAAAUGACUUCAUCAAUUACCAAUCUCUUUUCAGAGAAUAGAUCUCCUUCCAUUGGAGAUGAAGUUACAAGAGAUGGCCUCCUCAUUUGUGGUGGUGAUAGCUGUAAUGGUAAAUCAGAUAUUUCUUGCUUGAACGUGCACUUGCAUCCAAUGUCUGAAUCUCCAGAGGCUACUGCUCCUGUGGACAUUAUUAACUAUUUUGGGGGACACUGUAAAGUGUCAGAAGUAGAUGGAUGCUAUCGGUCAGGGGAAACAGCUGGGGAUUCAGAGAAUAGCAACAGUAGAGACACCGUGAGCAAGAAAAACAAUGUUGUUGAUCAUGAUGAUAUGCUUGAAGGAGUAUUUGCAUUCUCCUAGUGAAAUGGAAUGCUAGAUUAGACAUUCUUCUGAUGUAUUUCUGCUCUGUUUCUUCACCAAAGUCUUUGUAUAGAGCAGGUCCUCGGAUCACUAUUUAUGUGGUGCAGCUUUACCUCAUUGCUAGAAAAAAGGAAACAAAAGGAAAAAAGAAAAAAACAGUUGGUUUUGCAUUUGUUUCCAUCCUGAGAGUUCUUUGAGGAUGUUUAAUCUAUAAAACAGUGAUAUGGGCUUAUGCAACUUUCUGUGGCACAUACAAGUGUGGGUAUAAACAUAUUCUUUCUCUGUGUCCUGAUUCUCUUCUUUCUUCUCAAGCUUCAAUAAGGUUAUAAGAAAUGACUUCCUGGUUUUGAGAAGGCCGUAGAUGCGAUGGCACAAAACGUGUUUAGCAUUGGCUGCUUCGAGGGGCAGUGCAUCGCUGAUGUCCCAUUAUAAUGUGCAUGCUGUGGAUGGUGAUUGUACUUGAGCAGCAAGUUCCUUGAUAUAAAGAGAAGGGGGGCCCGUGAUACUCUGUAUAGGUGGAGAUGGAUUCCUUUUCUCUGGAUUUGGCAUUUGUGUCAGUGGAGGGAUCUUCAUAUGAAGAGUUUUAUGGGGAGAAGGCGCUUCAUGGAGCUUGGAGAGCAGAUUUUCCGUUGUUCAGAUUCCAUUUCUCUUUAGAUUCCUGUUGCUUUACUGAAAUGUUGAUUCAAGACUUUGUAGUGUACAAUCUGUUAAAAGGCGCUAAUCUCUUCUAUUGUAAUAAAUUAUAAAAGUUUCCACA